GGUUCGAGCUGUUCGGAAAUGUGCUCGACAUCCUGUGUGAUUGACAGCACAGGCACAUAUUUACGUUUUUUUAAAUACACAACACCCUUCUGUAUCGGUGCGGCAAGCUAAAACAACAAAUUAUCAGCAAUAGUUAGAUGAUUUAAAAAGAACAUAGGCCUCCUCAAAAUGCCAUCCGCAGAGCCAGCUGAUUGUAGUUCCGAAGCGAGGGAGUGUGCCAACGAAAACGGUGACUACAGCACCGAAAUGAUCACCGACGGUGCACUCAUGAGUCAUGAGUCGCCCGAUCCAGACCGACACCUAAUUCCCGGUGACCGUAUCGAACACGACGAAGAAAUUGACCUCCCUACGGUACGCGAGUUUACGCAAAACGAUACAAUCAACAAGUUUCUGCUGAAUUCAUUCCUGCAGCGCAUAAACGAUAGCACCGAGCCAGAGGGAUAUCGUGAAGCGGGUGCGGCUUCCAGUGCCGCCGAAGAACAAGAACAGGAUUUUGAUUCCUAGCUGAGCGAAGCGGUUGAUGAGAUACACCGCAUUACGUGUAACCGCGAUAAGAGACCCCGCUCGCCGGGGCGUAUCAUUUAAGUUUGGUGUCUAACAUAUUUGAACAGUGAGCGCAGCAGAUUAACGAUGAAUGAAGAAAUGAAGUGAAUAAAUAUCGCCUUAAUACGAA